AUGGACUCCCAGCUAAGAGAGAAAAGUAUCCAUCUUUUGGCCUUUAUCAGACGGGGAACUCAACACCUUGGAGAAUCUUCUAGUCUUAAUGCUCCUCUUGUAUGUCCUCCUAUCCUUAAAGAGGAAUUCAAUGGCUGCAAGAAACCAUCGUCUGUCGACAGUAGUAGCGCAUGGUUUGCUCUUUCACCAUUCAGUUGUGUGUCAAAACCAAAAUUCUCUGCUGUCUCUACCACAACUGCGCUGGCUAUUAAAACUCAAUCAACUGAAAAUAGUGUGUCUCAGUCAUACUUAUCCGACACUAUUGUCCUUCAGAUCUACAUAAUUACUUUUCUUCUUUUGAAGUUCCUCUGUUUACAAGCUGAGGGUGCUGCUAGAAGGGCAGAGGAGGUGGGGAUAGUAGCCAAUUCCAAGCCAUGUCCAAAGUGUAAGCGACCUAUUGAAAAAACCAAGGGUGCCAUGACGUGCACACCACCUUGCAAAUUUGAAUUUUGCUGGCUAUGCCUUGGUGCAUGGUCAGAUCAUGGUGAGAGGAUAGGUGGUUUCUAUGCUUGUAACCGCUAUGAAGCAGCUAAUAAAAAGGGAGUUAGUUUGUAUUGUGGUUUGUGGUAUGAUGUAACUGAGAGAAGAAGAGAAAUGGCAAAGCAUUCUCUGGAGAGAUACACUCAUUAUUAUGAAUGUUGGGCAAGAAAUCAGUUGAUGGAGAAGCUUAGUGACAUUCAGCGAGGACCUGAGUCUCAGCUCAAGUUCAUAACUGAUACCUGGCAGGAAUUAUAG